AGUUACAGACGUGUGGUCAUUUCCUGAUGGUUAUCUGGCGAAGAAGAUAUCAGUUAGAUAGGUAAUGUAGUGAACUGUUUCAUAUUACAACACUACACAUUUCAAAACAAAGUAACAUUGAUCUCUACCAUAACAGACCACAGUUAUAGCACACUAUACUGCAAAGGCACGACAUCACUCUACACGAGGGUGUGUACAGUGUAAGGUAAAUAGGAAUACAGUGUUAGUAUGAUGGAUAUUAAAACAUGUUUCACCAUUUUAACUGUUAUGUGUUGUGUCCAGGCCUUAGCUGAUACUGACGAUGUGAAGUCUGUCAACAAGUCAAGUACAUUCUGUGAAAUUUGCCAAUUCACAAUUAAAGAACUUGACCGCUGGUUGCAGAUUAUUGGACGUAAAGGUCACUAUAGCAUAGAAGCAGCAGUGUCCAAAUCACUAAACUCUAUAUGUAACCCAAAUGACAACAAACUUAUGCAGGAUGACCCUUUAAGGCUAACAGCCUGCAAGGAGCUCUUAGCCAACCAUGGUGAUAUCUUUAAAGAAGCCUUUAUUGAACAUUAUGAGAGUGUUGAACCUGUCAGCUAUUUAAAACUCAUCCAAGAUGUGUGUUACAAGAAACUAGAACAGUGUCAACACAAUGAGGACCAAACCAAUGUGGAACCUGUCAAGUUUAAUGCUGAUAACCAAAUGGAAAUUGUUGAAACAAAAAACAUAAGAACCUUGCAGCCAACUGAAGAGCAGUGAUAAAACUCAUGGUUCCUUGAGUGUAGGAUUGGAAACUUACUGUAGAAUAGUAGAGACCAGUACAGUGCUUCUGGGAUGUUCAAGAUCUGGUCUAAACCCUGUUGCUACUCUUUGGCAAACAUUUUCAAAAUAUAUUUAAUCUCUCUGUAAUAAUUAUAUUGUCAUUUUUUAACAUCCACUUUUCCAUGCUUGCAUGGGUCAGACAGAAUUCAAGCUGAUUUUCUAUGGCCAGAUACCCCAUCAAGCAUUUCCACAGGAUUGGAGAUGAACAACACCACUUAUAAGACAGUAACACUGGUUUACAACUACAAUGCAAUGUCAAGACAAAGAGCCACAAACAUGAAUAUGACAGGCUGCUUUGAGUUUCUGCCAACCAAAUCCACUGAAAGAUUGGAUCAGUCUGGGCUAUUGUAGAAAACACUUGCCCAAAGUGCCACACAGUGGGAUUCAACUCAAACCAUGUUGUCAGGAAGCAAACUUCUCAACCACAGCUUAGUGGAUGCAGAUCAGUAGUCUAGCUUAUGUUGACUAUGUUUCACUCUGCAACCAUUAUCAUAGUUAUAAUGUCCACUUUCUCAGGUUUGUAUGGGUCAUACAAAAUUUGUUGAGACAGUUUCCAUGACCAAAUGCCCCUUCUGUUGCCAACAUGCAACUGUUUCUGAGCAAGGUAAUAUUUCACUGUGGCCAAACAUGUUUCUCAUAAGACUGGAAACAAAGGGUACUGCUUGUAUGACAGUGACACUCAUUUACAACUAUCAUGCUAUAUGACAAGGAAACACACUUGCAUACUUAUAUGGCAAGCUUCUUUGUUAAACUACAUUUUAGAACUUCAAUAUUCAUACACCUACUUUCACAUGUCAAAGACCUAAUUUACUUCUUCACUACCGUCCCAAGCUUUGUAAGGGAAGAUCAAUAGACAGCAAGAUUAUUCAGCCAUAAAAUAUUGCUUUCAACAAGUGGCCUGUCCAACCCUUGCUAAUUUUGAAAAAUGGACAUUGAAUAAACUAAGGAUUAACAGUUAAAUGAGGCAAAAUUUAAAACAUUCAUAAAAUUGCCAAUUGUAAUAUAUAUUUUGCCAUUAAUAAAUUUCACUCUGUAAAA